AUGAACCAACAGCUCAGGGAACAAAACAUACACAUUGAAGUGAUGGAAUGGUUGAAUGUGCAUUACGUGGCAGGAAAGCGUCUAUUUCAGUUGGUUUUAGCGUUGGACAAUCUCGACACUUCACCACUAGCCCGGGAGACCCUCCCUAUAUUCAUUCGGGAUAGCCCCCCUGUUUUCAUUCAGGAAAUAUUGCCUGUACUCACUGGAGAAGCCGCCCAUGAUUCCAUCUUGGAACAGGACUAUAAUUCCAUCCUGGAAACCGCCCGUGAAUUCCAUCGACAAGCAGUUCAAGAAGUAACUUGGAAUACACUUUCAACUCACCAACAACGGCUAGCCAUCCGGGAAUUCACCCGGAUUAGUGUUAUUAAUGACCUACACCGGGAAGACGCCCAAUUUAACCUAAACGGGCAAUCAAGGAUAAAUCAUAAUAGAAACCGUAUGCGGACACUGAUGAGAAACUCAACUCCUACCAGGGACACAAAUAACGUUAGUUGUGGGCUUCCGACACGGGCUAGAGGCGGACCCUUUUAUUGUGUUCCACGCGUUGUAACAUCUAGUACUGAGGAUUUACAAGAUAAUACCGUGAGUGGCGUUCAUUAUGACCCACCGAGAUCAGGCAGAGUCUGGUCUCGGCAUAUUAGGUGCUUUCGGUGCCAGAUGUAUGGCCACAUUUCAACGAACUGCCAGGGACUGGAUCGUCGCUCAGUGUGCAGAAGAUGCUUGCUGGAGGGUCACAGCGAAGGGCAAUGUAGUACAGUAGUACAACCCCUCGCUCCAUGUAAAAAUGAGGCAAAUGAUAAUGGAAAAUGUAGUAAAUAAUCAUUAUGAAGAAAUUUACUGUAGAAUCUUCUUUUCUACCCAAUUUUAUCAUAGAAACUCAAAGUAGGAUUCAAAAAAGUAAAUUUUGAAUUAACCAUUCGAAGCUUUUUUUCAUAACUUGGCUAAAAUAAAUAAAUUUCAAGAAUCACUUAAAUUACUUAAUUAUUUAAAUACAUAUUCAUUGUUGUAUAUUUUUAGCUAGCUAAGGUUGGGCUUAGAACACCUUACCCCUGUGUACGUCACUUAAUAUAUAUUUUUAUUUAAAUCUGUGUCACGGUGUGAUAUCCUCCACCCGCAUUGCCUUCAUCAUUAGAAAUAAAUUUUAGGAAUUAUUGACCUGACUCUCAGGUCAAUGUAAUUAUAAAGAUUAUUAUGUAAUUACAUUUUUUAUUUAAAUACUAAAAUUAUUUAUUAUACUUUUAUUAUCUAUUGUUAUUAUUUACGCAUUUCAGCUUUUUUAGAAUAUAGUCAUAUAAAUAUUAAAAUAAUUAUAAAUCCAAUAAUCUUAUACAAUAUAAAUUCGAUCCAGAACCAUAUUGCUAAACUUUUUGAACAGUUAGUCUUCAAAUGUAUAUUGCCUUCGGUUAACUCAGUUUUAAUGGAUGAACAAUACGGUUUUAGACUCCGGCGGUCUGCUACCUCAAAUUUGAUUGUGUUUAAUAACUUUGUUUUGGAUGCAGUUGAGCAGGGCUCACAGGUUGAUGUUAGCUUUACUGAUUUCACCAAAGCAUUUGACCGUGUAGAUCACUCAGUCCUCAUAAAAACACUUUCUAGAACUGGUUUUGGCGAACCAAUACUUUCAUGGAUUAAAUUCUAUCUGUCUGAUAGAAUACAAUGGGUGAAAAUGUAUGACAAGAAAUCGACUGUAACUCGUGUACCUUCUGGUGUCCCUCAGGGAGGGCAUUUAUCGCCUUUACUUUUUUCCAUACUCAUAAAUGGUAUAAAAUCAGCUAUCCCCGAUAGUAAAUUUCUAAUGUUUGCUGAUGAUUUAAAAAUUUUUCGGAGAAUUAACUCGUUUGCUGACAGUUUAACUCUUCAAGAUGAGUUGAAUACUCUAGUUUUGUGGUAUANCCAUGUCUUUCUCAAGGAGUAG